UGCAAAUCACAAUAGGAGUGCAGGGAAAAUGGAGCCCGACGCUAUGGUGGAAAUAUUCUCUCGUUCCGAGUCUUUGUACAAUGUUCGGUAUGCGUACUACAUCGGAGAUGGCAAAACGCAUAAGAGUAUUCAAGAUGCUAAGCCGUAUGGCGAUUUUCCCGUCAUAAAAAAGGAAUGUAUAGGUCAUGUACAAAAAAGGCUUGGAACAAGACUACGCAAUUUGAAAAAAGAAGUGAAAAAUCUUGAGGGCCGAGGGAAAUUAAUUGGAAAAUUGAUAGACGAAUUGAGUGUGUACUACGGACUGGCUAUACGUCGAAAUACUGAUUCAGUAGAGAAUAUGCGCAAGGAAAUAUACGCUACAUUAUAUCACAAAAUUUCAACAGACGAAAAACCUCAGCACGAUAGAUGCCUCGCAGGAGCCGAUUCUUGGUGCUCUUGGCAAAGAGCGAAAGCCUCGCAAACUCUCGAGAUGUACACUCACAAACCAGCUAUGCCCCUCUUGGUUUUCAAUGCUGUACAAAAAAUCUACGAAGAUUUAACAAGAGAAGAACUCCUCUCCCGUUGCCUAGGAGGAUAUACGCAAAAUGCAAAUGAAAGUUUGAACUCUGUCGUUUGGUCGAUUGCACCGAAAGCGAUAUCUAGCGGCAAAGCAGUAGUUGAUAUUGCAACCAACGUAGCCGUCAUAACAUAUAAUGGCGGCUUUUCAUCACUGUUAGAUGUAGUAUCAACCCUCGAAUUGAAGAUUAGUCCCGAGUUGCAUAAUUACGCAAUGGAAAUCGAUCAACAUCGUGUUCGAGCCGCCAACCGCUCAUCGUCGAUCAACCGAAAAAGCACUCGGAAGGAUCUUACGGCACUCAGGAAGGAGACUGACGAGCUAAAUUCGAAUGUAGAAGGACAGCUAUAUGGAGCUGGGAUAGCAGAGUAAAGAUGGCACACCAGGACUGCAACGGUGCACACCGUUUUUCUCCUACAAAAAGAAUUUUUUUUGUUUUUUAUACUGCCAC